AUGCAUCUUGGUGCUGAACUUGCAGCCGAAUCCGGGAUUGCCUUCAACACACCAUCGAAGGGUGGCAUGCGCCUUCCGGGAUCAGUCUCUAUUUCAGAUUUUCCAGAUAUCUCUAACUUCACUGUGUCAAUUGAAAACCGCUUGCAAGAGUUGGCCCUUGCGCUGUCAUUAAAAUGUUUGUCUUUUGAUUUUGUUGGGACAUCAAUUGAUGAAAGUUCAGAAGAGUUUGGUACUGUGCAGAUCCCAUCUUCUUGGAGGCCGGUCUUGGAGGAUCAAUCGACACUGCAGAUAUUUUUUGAUUACUAUGCAAUCACAAAGCCCCCUCUCUCCAAGGAGGCGCUAGAAUGCUUAGUGCGUUUGGCUUCUGUAAGACGGUCUUUGUUCACCAAUGAUGCUGCACGAUCUAAGUUCUUGGCCCAUCUAAUGACAGGAACCAAAGAAAUUUUACAAACGGGGCAAG